CGAAACAUGCUCGCGGUGUUGGUGAUCGUUGCUGUUCGUGAGUGUGUGUGUUUGUACCGGCGUGUUGUUUGAGUGGAGUGCCGCACGCGCGGGCAUGGAUCUCACCACGCUCGCUACCAGUUUCCUUGCCGUUUUCGCGUGUGGGUUGUUGGUGUCCGGUGGUCGAGUUUCCCCGCACAGCCAGAGCGACAUCAAGUUUCUGGCCAGCAGUGAUCCUCACCUCAAGAAGCAAGCCCGUCUGCUUGCGGCCACCUGCGAUUGUAAUAAACAAGGGGCAUGGCGGCCGAUAUUGAAGCAUCCCGUAUUCUCGGACCAUCACUUGUACCACGGACACGGACACGGACACGGACACGGACACGGACAUGGUCACGGACACGACAUCGUGGAUAAGCUGAAGGCGCACGGAUUUGACGUGGGCGAUACCCGCGGUCACCCCCCUUACAACCGCGACCCCUCCGCCAAGAACCACAACCACCUAAUCCAUCUCCACCUCAUCCCGCACAUCUACGUUCCCAUCAUGCACCCCGUCUCCUACCAGGUUCACGAGGAGCCGCAGGAACAUAACGACGUCGGGGGCGGCUCGAGCGAGGAGUCGCACCCUUCGACGCCGGCCACCUCGCAGGAGGACACGGGGACCACGAGUAGCGAGGACACGAGCCUCCAGAACGGACACGACCACGGACAUGAGCAGGAUCACGGACACGGACACGGGCAGAGCGGACACGGCGGCGGGAAGGACAACGGACAGUUCUACACGAUUCCACCGGAGGCGUACGAGAUCCACGAGGACCACAUCCAGCACUACCACCACAUCUUCGAUCCGACCAACAGCAUAGAGGACUUCGACAUACCUAAGGACAAGAAUCAUCACCUGGUUCUCGGACAUCGCGGCCGGAACGUCCGACAUCAGUACGAGGUGCACGAGGAUCCAAGCAAAGACAACUUCAUCAACACUGGCCAGUUCAACAACAUUCCUGCAGGAAGCAACACUGCUCCCCAGUUGUACCAACCGAUCCAACCAUUACUCUACAUAAACAAAAGGCCGUAUUUGCGCAUUCCUGUUCCUGCUCUGCCUAAAACAAGGCAUCGAUAUAUGCGGAAGCUAAUGAGUAGGCAAGACAUAGAGAAACUGAAAACGAUGAAACCGCCAAGUCUUGGACAAAAGCAAACUUGGUUGGUCCCUCCGAGACCAAUAUUGCAACCGUCACCAAUUGUGAAAUUGCCGACAACUUUGAAACUUAGUUCACCUGUGCCACCCCUUAGACCUUACACGAUUGCUCACCCACAAAAGGUUGUUUAUUUAGUCAAUGUGCGGAAAAAAUCAGACAGGAGAAAAAAGUAGUCAAAAUACUAGCCUAGCGACAGUUGCCAAUAUUUAAAGUAGGGAUUGAUUACUUUUUCUAUUCAACCAUGAGAUGCUAAAAAAAAUUUUGGAUGGCCAACUAGUCAAUAGCAUUUUGAGUGAAAGAGUUAUUUUCAUUGAAUAACCAAUAUUUUUUUUUUUUCAUUUAUUUAAACAAAAUUAUGUAGCAGCAUUGCAACAACGUCUCCAAAGAUAAUUUUUGGGAAUGUUUUCACGAUGCUCACUGAAAACAUUUAUUGCAAAUUUGAUUUCUUAGCAAUGUGACAGUUUCAAAAAAAUAUUCUUCAGAGCAGACAAAGUGUUGUGACUUUUCUAAUUUGUCUUUUUUGGGGUUUUAUUCUUUUUUAUCGGGUGAUUUUUCCCUGAUUUUUCUUCGAGUCGCCACUUUUUUCUAUUUUUACUUAUUUGUUUUUUAUGCAUUUCUUACCAACAAUAUUCCUAAAAAUUCGUCCCGAACACUAUAUUCUUUGAAGGGAGUGCAAUAAUAUACAAUACAACAAAUACGAAUGCAAAAUUGUUCAUAAACAAAAUCAAGCGGUGUUAUCUUAAUAUUGUUGAUAAGAACCCCAUAAUAUUGUCUAGCAUCAAAACCCGCAAUAUUCCAGCUGCCUUUUUUCUAGAAUGGGAGUGCCAUUCAUACUUUCCAUUUAAAUAGAGUUUCAGCAAUUUUCAUUUGUUUUAAAAUAUUUUUGAAAACAACAAACAUGUAUUAUUUUGAUUAUAUGGUCCUUCAAAAUUUAUUUUUAAACAUUUCACUUGCAAAAGAGAAGGUUGAAUCUAAGAGAAGAGUUAAAAGGGAGAUGUAGGAGGUUUAACUGAUGAAAAAAUCGAUUUUGAGUGUGAUUUUGUAGGAUGAAAACAUCUUUAGAAAAGUCUGGUCAGUAAAUUUCUUGAACUUGCAUCUGAAUGACAAAUGACUUCCAGUUCUGUAGGUUUAGUUUGCGGUAAGUGUAUUUUCAUAUAGAAAGAAAAAAAGCCAAAUAAAGAGCAAUUAGGCCUGAAUUUUAAGACAAAUCCUCAGGCUAUCUUGCUUUAAAACCUUUGUGAGAGUUCUUCUGUAGCAUUGAAAUUCUCAUACAUACAGCAAGUUUCAGGAAAGUCAAGUCAAAGAGUUUCAGAGCGCCCUUAAAAUUUAGGCCUUAGAAACAUCUACCAUGAGCCUUUUAAAUCCUAUAAGGAUUUUAGUAAAAAUAAGCGGAACGGUAUAAAACUUAGGUUACCCUCUUCCUUUGCUCUUCCUUUUUUUCUGAUAUUGCCUCUCAUUCAAUCAGUGCUCUAAAGACUGAGAAAAAUUUCAAGUAUAAUCAAGUUUCACAAGAAGAAAAAAAGGAAAGGAGAAAAUUUACGGUCAUAUAACGUUUUCAUCAUGUAAACAACUGUACAAAGCUGCCAUAGAGCGUAGCUCUUUUUUGUAAAGGUGUAAUUUAAUUAUGUUUUACCGUUGUACAUAUAAGACUCUCAUAGAUUCUAAGUUGAAAUGUAUAAUAAAAUUAUGUUUGAACUUUUUUAAAA